CUUUUCACCUCUCUCUUUAUUCUCUCUCUCACGCUCAGAAAUCUACGAUCUUCUUCCUCAAAUUCGAAGCUUCCAAAUCCUUCUCUUCCACAUUCGUCUUCUCCGAUCGUCAAAUCUCAAACCCUAAUUCUCACAAUCCUUCAAUCAAUAAAGAGAAAAAUCAAUACUAAGAUCGAUCACAACACAGAAUUCAGAUAUGCAACAAAGCGAUACAGGCUCUUCAUAUUACCAAUACUACCAAUCACACAUUCAAAACCCUAAUCCUAACGAUCUUCCACAGCUCAACCCCUUUCCUUCUUCUUCUUCUACCUUCGCAUCUGCUCCUCCAGUUUCGUCCUCCGAUUACUCUUCUUCUAAUUCUUCCACAUACCCUCCAUAUUCACAAUACACCACCGAUCAUGCCCUCAAUCCGCCUCUCCUCUACCCACCAAACCCUAAUUCUCAAUCACCCAAUCUCUCUUCUCAGCCCUACAAUUUCCCUCACCUCAAUCCCCAACCGACGCAGCAGUAUUAUGGUUAUGAUCAGAACCAAGAGGCUUUCAAUUAUGAUAAUUUGAAUCCGACCCAUAAUUCCAAUCCCAAUUCGACUUCUUAUUCAUCGGCUGUGUCGAAUUACGAAAAUUUAUAUGAGUCUGGUUCGAAUUAUGGUUUGUAUGGGGAUGUGGGGAAGCAAAGGCCGGAGGUUGGAUCCAGGUAUGGAGACGGUGGGGAUGGUGUAUAUGCAUACAAUGGGAGCAAAGUUGUGCCUUAUGGUGGUGGAGGCAGUGGUUCUGAUUCUUCUUCUGGUGUGAUUUUUGAUGAUUAUGGGAGGCCAGUUGGUUUUGCAAAUGGGAAGGAGCAAAAUGGAUCCAGACACACGGGGAAGGUGGUGAAGGCAAUUCCGAAGACAGAGAUGCAGCAGGACGGGGGUAGCGGUGUGCAGAAGUUCCGCGUCAAGAUCUUGUCGGAAGGUGCUGGUCAGAGCGACAUGGAUGUUCUUUGCCAGAUUGGCUUGGAUGGGAUUCGAAUACUUGAUACAGCAACUAGUCGGACACUAAGAAUAUAUCCACUUGAGACCGUGACACGAUGUGAAGUACUGGAUUCGUAUAUAUUUGCCUUUUGGGCCAAAAGCUCCAUUGACAUUGAACUGAGACGUGUCAGGCUUAAAUCAAACAGCUAUACCACAAACAACAUUCUAGACACGGUGACAGCAGCAACUUUUCAGAUCAAGGAGAUGGCUGGGAGAAAUAAACCUUCUGAUACUCCCAAGGCCUCUGAGCAACUAUCUGAUAAGAAGAAAGGCUUUGCUGAUUGGAUGAACUUGAUGAAGCCCAGCAACGAGGAGAAAGAUCACUGGGUUCCUGAUGAAGCUGUUACCAAGUGCACAUCUUGUAGGACGGAUUUUGGAGCUUUUGUGCGAAGGCAUCACUGUAGGAACUGUGGGGAUAUUUUCUGUGACAAGUGUACCCAAGGUAGAAUCGCCCUCACAGAAGAUGAGCAUGCCAUACCAGUUCGAGUUUGCGACCGAUGCAUGGCAGAAGUUACUCAAAGGCUGGGUAAUGCAAAGGAAACAUCUGGAAAAAUUGCUGCUUUGCAGAGCCACGAGGAUCUUGCAAAAAGACUCAAGAGAACUAAUUUCUUCAUUAAGGAGGAGAUGGACAAGAAUCGCAUGACCACCACAGGUUUAACAUCCAAUGGAUCUGGAAUGCGGAUGAAGGAAGUUGCUUGUCCGACUUGCACAGUCCACUUGCAGGUCCGGGUUCCAGCAUCGGGUUCUGAGACAAUAGAGUGCAGUGUUUGUCAGCAUCCAUUCCUUGUCAGUGCUAAUUGAUCAGCAACUCCCAUGUUCAUGAUGAUCAAGUUCUUGUACACCUUAUUAUAUACUUAAAAAGAACGAUACCUCUUUGGGCUUCAGCCUCUUUUUUACCAAGAAAAAGAAAAAAAGAACAAUACCUCUUCAUACAAACAGUCAUAAUUUUUCAAACCUUUUUUUGGGAGUUUCACUGAUUAAGAAGAAUGUGUGUAGUCGCCAAUUUUUUUUUUUUGUAUUUAUAUUUCUUCAAUAAUGUGCUACGUAAUUCUCUGGUGUGUGGACUUGUGUUAAUGUUUCCAAUGAAUAUUUUUUCUUCUUCA